AUGGAGUCUGCCUUUGGGCGUGUGAUCCUCCUGAGUGUCCUGGCUUCUUAUCAUGGAUUCAACCUGGAUGUGGAGAAGCCUGUGAUCUUUCAAAAUGAUGGAGCUGGCUUUGGGCAGAGCGUGGUCCAGUUUGACAGUUCAAGACUCAUCGUGGGAGCCCCCCUGGAGGUGGUGGCAGCCAACCAAACUGGACGCCUGUAUGACUGUAAGAUGGCCGCCAGCCAUUGCUGGCCCAUCUUGCUGUACCCGCCCCCAGAGGCCGUGAACAUGUCCCUAGGCCUGUACCUGGCGGCCUCCACUAAGGGUUCCUCGCUGCUGGCCUGCGGCCCCACCCUGCACCGAGCCUGUGGGGAGAACAUGCACGCGGAAGGCUUGUGCCUGCAGCUGAACGCCCACCUGCAGACCACCCGCAUAAUCCCAACUGCCCUGCCCGAGUGUGCAAGUUCAGAGAUGGACGUUGCCUUCCUGAUUGAUGGUUCUGGCAGCAUCCACCGUGAUGGAUUCCAGCAGAUGAAGGACUUUGUCAUAGCUGUGAUGAACCAGUUCAAGGGCACCAACACCCUGUUCGCGCUGAUGCAGUACUCAAAAUCCAUGAAGACUCACUUCACCUUCACCCAGUUCCAGAGCAGCCCGAGCCCGGAGAGCCUGGUGAACCCCAUUGUCCAGCUUGGAUCCUUAACAUACACAGCCACGGGCAUCCAGAAAGUGGUGAGAGAACUAUUUCAUAGCAAAAGUGGAGCCCGCAAAACAGCCAAGAAGAUCCUCCUUGUCAUCACAGAUGGGAAAAAAUACAAAGACCCCCUGGGAUACAGUGACGUCAUUCCUGAGGCAGAGCAUGCCGGCAUCAUCCGCUAUGCCAUUGGGGUGGGAAAGGAAUUCCAUAAUCCCAGUGCCAGGCAGGAGCUGAAUACCAUCGCCUCGGCGCCCUCCCAGGACCAUGUGUUCAAGGUGGACAACUUUGAAGCCCUCAGCAGCAUCCAGAAUCAGCUGCAGGAGAAGAUCUUUGCAAUUGAGGGAACCCAGUCAAGGACAAGCAGCACCUUCUGGCAUGAGAUGUCACAAGCAGGCUUCAGUUCAGCGCUCAUAGGGGAUGAAGCCAUUCUAGGGGCGCUGGGGAGCUACAGCUGGUCUGGAGGUGCCUUCCUGUACCCCCAAAACAUGAGUCCCACCUUCAUCAACAUGUCUCAGGAGAAUGUGGACAUGAGGGACUCUUACCUGGGUUACUCCACUGAGCUGGCCCUGUGGAAGGGGGUGCAGAGCCUGGUCCUGGGGGCCCCCCGCUAUCAGCACACCGGGAAGGUCAUCCUCUUCACCCCAGUGUCAGGGCAAUGGAGUGUGACACGGAAAGCUGAAGUCACGGGGACACAGAUCGGCUCCUACUUCGGGGCCUCCCUGUGCUCUGUGGACGUGGAUGGAGACGGAAACACAGACCUGGUCCUCAUCGGGGCCCCCCAUUACUAUGAGCAGACCCGGGGAGGCCAGGUGUCCGUGUGCCCCUUGCCCCGAGGGCGAGCCAGCUGGCAGUGCGUGGCUGUCCUCCGUGGGGAGCAGGGCCACCCCUGGGCGCGCUUUGGGGCCGCGCUGACCGUGCUGGGGGACGUGAAUGGGGACAAGCUGACGGAUGUGGCCAUUGGGGCCCCGGGAGAGCAGGAGAACCGGGGUGCUGUCUACCUGUUUCACGGAACCUCAGAGCAGAGCAUCAGCCCCUCCCACAGCCAGCGGAUCACGGGCUCCCAGCUCUCCUCCCAGCUCCAGUACUUCGGGCAGUCGCUGAGCGGGGGCCAGGACCUCACAAAGGAUGGGCUGGUGGACCUGGCCGUGGGGGCCCGGGGGCUUGCCCUGCUGCUCAGGAGCCGGCCCGUGCUGAAGGUGGGGGUGAACAUGAGAUUCUGGCCCGUGGAGGUGGCGAAGUCUGUGUACCAGUGCAGGGGAAAGGUGACCUCCACCCUGGAGGCUGGGCAGGCCACAGUCUGCCUCACUGUCAGCAAAAGUGCAGAGGACAAGCUAGGUGAUGUCCAAAGUUCUGUCUCGUAUGACCUGGGCUUGGAUCCAGGCCGCCUGACCUCUCGUGCCAUUUUUCAUGAGACCAAGAAUAGGACUUUGACACGAAGUAAAACUCUGGGUCUGGGGGAGCACUGUGAGUCUGUGAAGCUGCUCUUACCGGACUGUGUUGAGGACAUGGUGAGCCCCAUCAACCUACGCCUCAACUUCUCCCUGAAGGGAGAGCUCCUCCCCUCAUCGAAUCUUCGCCCUGUGCUGGCUGUGGGCUCACAGGACAUCUUCUCUGCCUCUCUGCCCUUUGAGAAGAACUGUGGACAAAAUCGCCUCUGUGAAGGGGACCUGAGAGUCAGUCUCAGCUUCUCAGGUCUGCAGACCCUGGUGGUGGGGAGUUCCCUGGAGCUCAAUGUGACAGUGACUGUAUGGAAUGAGGGUGAAGAUUCCUACGGAACUGUGAUCAGCUUCGACUAUCCAGCAGGGCUGUCCUACCGGCGAGUGUUAGAGAUCCAGGUAAACAGCUCCGCGACUCCACAACCCCACCAGCGCCCACUGCGUCUGGCAUGUGAGGCCGUACCCAUAGGGAAUGAGGACCGGAGAAGCAGCAGCUGUAACAUCAACCACCCCAUCUUCCGAGGGGCCAUUAAGGCCACCUUCAUAGUCACAUUUGAUGUUUUCUACAAGGCCAAGCUGGGAAACAAGCUGCUUCUAAGGGCCAAUGCAAGCAGUGAGAAUAAUAAGCCUAAAAGCAGCAAGACCACCUUCCAGCUGGAGAUCCCAGUGAAAUAUGUCAUCUACAUGAUGAUCAGCAGCAACGAAGAGUCCACCAAGUACCUGAACUUUUCAGCUACUGAUAAGAACAACAGGAAAGAAGUUGAGCAUCGAUAUCGUGUGAAUAACCUGGGUCAGCAAGACAUAGACAUCGGCAUCAACUUCUGGGUGCCUCGCCUGCUGCACGGCAUGGCUGUGUGGAACUUGACCGUGGGGGCCUCUUCCCAGAAAAUCUCUUGUGUAGCAGAGAAGGAACCUCCCCAGCGUUCUGACUUCCUGACCCAGAUUCCAAGGAAUCUUGUGCUGACGCAGCAGAAGAAGGUGCAGAUCGUGAGUAGGGCUGAAAUCCUGUUCAACGGAUCCACGUAUUCCCAGUUUCCAGGGCAGGAGGCAUUUCUGAGGGCCCAGGUGGAGACGGUGCUGGAAGAGUAUGAGGUCUAUGACCCCAGACCCCUCAUCCUGGGCAGCUCCGUGGGCGGGCUGCUGCUGCUGGCCGUCAUCACAGCCGUGCUGUACGAGCUUGGUUUCUUCAAACGUCAGUACAAAGAAAUGCUGGCUAACACGGCUGAAGACACUGCCACUUUCAAUAAGGAGGAUCUCAGCUCUGAAGCUCCCAGCUAA